AUGAGUAACGUCAGCUUUGACGACGAUGACGACCUCAUCAUGGGCGGCACCGCAGAAACUUCAGCCUAUAAUAUUCCCGCAUCUCUACUACAAACAUUCCCAUGUCUCAUGGCAGAAGGUAGGGAAGCCCUCAGACAGCAACUAGAAUUCGUCACCAGCGCUGUUCUUCUACACACAGCCGAGUAUGAGCCUGAGAUCGACAAUACAAAAGCCAUAAUUGACCGAUCAAAACUUAUGAACGAUAUCCUCACGUCUUUGUACCAAGCUGCCCAGAAUCUGGCUUCUUUGGAAAGGGUGAAUCUUGACGAAGAGUAUAGGAAAGAGACAAAGCAGGCUCUUGACGAACCAGCAAGCAGCGCAGCAGUGGAAUGUCUUACAAGCGCAGAAUGUACCAGCGAAUAA